AUGACUAUAGACUUUAGAACCAUUAGGCUCCAGGAGGAUAGAACCCGAGGCUUGCAUAUCAAUGAGCGGUGUACAUCUGCACUAGGAUCUACUGUGACAGAUGCUAUCGAGGACCUUGAAGGCACAGAAAUAAUACUUAAAAGCAGAUACUUGCAAACACCACAAAUGUCAACUACACAUCGCACUGUCUUUCUUUCGUUGUUACUUAAGCUGCGGGAGGGCAUUCGGUAUAUCUUCAACAUGUUUUCGUCAUUUAAAAAGGAAACGUACCUAAUUGGCAUUCUUUUGCAUACUCAUGACGACGGUUUUAUGAUACUGCAAAUUAACACGCACGGAAUUCUGGACAUUCUUCUAGACGAACCCACAGAGCCCUCCACUUCUACAAAAUACCUGGCCAAGUUAAAGAAGGCCCUCCUUCAGAUUGAGAGCUUUCCGAUGGUCAAGCUAACUAUGAUGGCUUCUCAUACAAAUAACAUUUCAGUGCUUUUUCUCGGAGCGCUCUUGGGUCUUGAGGGUUUAUACUAUGAUCAAGAAAAUUUCUGUGUAACAUCUAUUGUUCAAUACUACAAUGAUGCUGCUACCGUUCAGCAGAACCAGGCCAGUUCCCAAGACACCGGUACCUUAGGAGUUACCUUAAAAGGGAUGAGCAUGCAACAAACCAUAACAGUAUCUAAGAGUUUUCGCCUUCUGGUGCUCAGAGGGCCAUUUAUAAAACCUUAUUACUCCAUUAAAAUGGCGGUAGAUGUAAUACAUAAAUUGGUAGAGAAGUUCGAGGCGUCCGUUGUUCUCCUGACGGGUCCACUUUUGUUAGAGUACCCUUCCGACCCUACGGACUAUAACAGUAAGGAGCCCCAUAGCCUAGCCCAACAGUACCUUUUGACCUUUCUUCUGGCCUUGCACAUCUCCAUGCUUGAAAACAGGUGUCAUGCUAUUUUGAUUACAGAUUGUAACUGCCUACUUGCCCCAGAUUCAUAUUACCCUACUCUACCUCAUAGUACAAUGCUACCAGAUACUACUUCACUUUACAAGACAAUAUCGUUUGGCGGUGAUCCCCUUUGCUUUUCUAUUUGCGGCGUCAAUCUUGCGUACUUCAGCAGUGCAUUACUUGGAUUUCAGUUUAUUGAAAGUAGCUAUCUAAGUCGUCACAAAGAAGCCUUGCCGUCAUCUCCACAACCUUCUCAUAGUAAGCCUAGUGCGUCAAGUCCUCGUUCGCCUGAAUGCCCGUUUGUAUCCUCCUUACCAACUACCUCUCAGUCCAGUCCUUUUAAAAGAGUUACAGUCCCAGAUUCGCCAUCCCGCAAUCUAUCUAACGGCCCUCCCAUUCUAUCUAAAGUACCCCCUACACCGACACGCUCAGAUGAGACCACCGAUACACCCCGAACUAUACUUCCAAAUGAGAACCUCUUGGGUCUAUGUGACAGUCUUAUUGAAGGCAGAAUACUUGCUCAAUCCACUGACGCUGGUAUCCUCGUAGGAUUGGAACAAAAACGCCUUUUAUACUAUAUCAACGCAUCACUUGAGCUUCAAACAUCAAUACCAGAGUUUCCUUCUUCGCGACCUUUGCUUCAUUCUAGAACACCAAAUGCGUGGUUGAACCCGGAGACAGACAUAGUCAUAACCACUCUACCAGCAUUCUCAGCACCCUUAUUAGUGACGAUAUAUGGAAAGCCCCGCAUAAUUGUUCCCCUAUUGGAGAAGGAUGGACAAGGAGCAGUCAUUACGUUACGACAAGGAAAUGGUACUAUCGAUAAUUUGGCACACUGUGAAACCUACAGCUUUGCCAUUAACUUUGCAGAAUGA